AUGGCCACACCAGAGCAGAUAGAAGUGGACAAUGUGGUAGACAUCAUAAAUUGUGCGGCUUUAUAUUACGAGAAAGGUGCCAGUGGUAAUGCGUUUCUUCGGAAAGAAAAAUUUAGAGCUCCCGUCUCAAGGCAAGUGAAGACCUUGAAAGCCUUAAAAGAAACAGUCAGGUGAGUCGACCUGAGUUUACUGCUAUCCAUUAUUUAUUGUGUUAUAUCUGUUAUAACCUGGGAUAUCAAUGGCAUUUGUGCCCCGCGCUACGGUCGGCGACUUAAGUGGUCUCACUAGCUUGCGAAAGUCAAUUAUUGUCAAUAUUGACGGCAAGUUAAGAAUCGUUAAGCCUAAGUUUUUUGUUUUUAUUUCAUUCCUGAUUUCAACCUUUCGCCUUUUGCAACAUACCGUCGACUCCCGGUAUCUCAAACCUCUAUAAUUCGAACCUCCCACUAACUCGAAGCAAUUUUCAUUUCCCUUCAGAUUCUAUAGAUGGUUUUCACAGUGACGUCAUCAAAUUGUAAAGUCAAAAUAGCGAGGUUUUACGAAUUCUUAUUUACACUAGGUUGAAGAUAAACAAAAAGUUAAUCUUUGUACAAGUUUUCAGUCCCAUAGCAUGUUUCAUUUCGAAAAUACAGCAAUUUGAACUUCCGAGUUUUCAGAGUGCGUGACACCAAAAUAGGAAUGCUGUCUCGUUGAAAAAAAGUCUCUCCUCUUGAUUUUCAGCAGUAUAACCAUUUCAAGUAUUAGAAGAUAUGUUUAUGCGCACGUAGGCUAGUUCUCGAGUGAAAAGAAGGAGCUUUUAUAGAACAAGUGAACUCCUGAUGUUUUUGUUGAUUUUCGGCGGCCAUAUUGGUGCACCAAAACUGUGCACCAAUAUGGCGUCUCCAUACAAAGCUGUACAAAGAUGCGUGAAACGUUUCGGCAAAUAACUCAAAAACUGUGGGCCAAAAAGACCUGAGACUUGGACAAAUUGUUUAAAAAUUAGUCUUUUAUAAAAUAUCAUUUUCUUGACUUCUUUCACUGGACAGUUUUCAAUUUAUUUUUUUGUUGCGUGACAGUGAAAACGAUCUAUAUAAUUUUACCCUCGAUAACUCGAACCCCCGAUAACUCGAACUUUUUCGUAUUUCCCUUGAAGGUUCGAAUUAUCGGGAGUCGACUGUAUACUAUUCUAACCAGAGAAGGUGGACCUAGGAAUUAAAUGUAUACUUAUAUAUGACUAUGUAAAGACUAUAUUAGUUUAUAAUCAGACCAUACACGCAUCAGUUGUCUUCAUAUGAUAGAUAAAGAUACAUUUUGUCCCGUGUCUAUAUUCUUUAGUCAAUUUGGAGGGAUUCGCGACGUUGCAAAAAAUAUUGGGCUUGGAAACCAAAUCACCGUCAAAGUGGCCAGACUGGAUAAAAGUGAUAGCAAAAGUGCUCAGUGCUUUGCCAUAAACACCGAUGGGCAAGUUACCCUUGAGCUGCCGUCCAUAAGGGCAGGGACAGAUAUGUUACAAUGUAAG